GCCCCUAACAGGUAGGGCUGAUGACGUCAGCAAGGUGACACCCACCUCUCAGCCCAGCUCCGCGUGUCAUCGGCGCAGAUUUCAGCUCUGACGUUCAUCAUCCACACUCGUCUCGUCGAAUCUUCAGCAUGAAUCCUCCCUGAGCGCGCGGGGCUUGACACAAUUUGUUGAACACCAGAGAAGAAUUCCCUCUGUUGUCCACAAUGUCCAGCAGAGGGAGAAAUGGCUUUUGCAGGAUCUGUGGUGGAGAUCUGCAGGGAAACCAACGCCGAUGGCUCUAUGGGGGCCAGAAUAAGAAGGGCAGUCAGCCUCAGACCCCAACAGAGUCUCUGAGAGGAGGCAGCCUGUGCCGCUCUUCACAGAGCAGCCCGUGGGGCAGCACUUUAUCCCUUGGAUCCUCGGGUUCGCUCUCCAAGUCUCAGUCGUUUUUGGGCUCACCUUCCAAAAGCGUGGACCUGCUCUCGGUGCUCACCCACAUUCUGGGACAGCAGGUGCCCCGAGGCAGCGGACGGGAGGAGUUUGUGUGCGGCAAGUGCGUCUCGGCCCUGGAGCGGGUGUUCAAAUUUGACUCUGUGAUCUCCAGGGUCCGGGUGCUUUCCAAUGAGCGCCUUCAGAAGCUCACGCAGGAGAGGGACAGGAUUCGACAGUGGGUGCGCAGCAACUACCGACACAGGCACCAGCAGGAGUUUCAGAGCAGGAGCAGCACCAGCGAGGAUGAUGGGGAGAUGGAGAAGGAGGCCUACAGGGACAUGCUCAAAGAAAACAUGGCGCUGUCGGGGUAUGAGUGCUGGUCCGAGCGGUGGGACACAUGUCCAUAUUUCAUACGAACCGGUAAAAGAUGCAGGAGAGGCAAAGGCUGUGAGGGCUGCGAUUCCCUGAGGGUGUCUGACUCUGACUAUGAGUCUGUCUGCGGUAUUCCUCGACGCUUGCCUUCGGAUGCCUUCUCCCCCUUGCAGCUGUCCGCAGAUCGAUCCAGCAGCAUGCCCCUCCAUUGGCAGAAGAGUUCAGCCAUCAGCUCCAGCCCGGCUUCAUUGGCGGGAUCCACCCUUUCCUUACGAGCACCUUCCCGUACUCAGUCUGUUCAGUCUCUGGACUUUAUCGAUGGGAACGACUCGUUUGAUUUAACUAGUGCUCAGCCACUCAACUUUCUCUUGAUGGAGCUCCGAGGCGUUGAAGCAAAGCCAGUCAGUUCACCGUCGGGGAGCAGAAUCCCAGUUCUGGGCAAAAACACUGGGAAAAGUUUGGAUAAAACUGAUGGGGGGGCAUCCCCAAGAGUUGGCAGAGUGCUGAACUUUGGAGAAGCUGAGAACGGAAAAGAUGGAAUGGAUGAAGAGGAUGAAGACGUCUUAAUGGAUCUGAGGGAUGAAUACAUGCCGCUGCAAGAGAGCACUCCUGGUCGGGUUAACACCGCCGUCAGGAACCUGCGGGCCCAACUGGACAAAGCCGCAUCCCGCAUCAGGAUUCUGGAGGCCGAGCUGAAGCAAGGGGGCAGAAAACCGGCUGAAGCCAACGGAUCAGUGGACCUGGGUUCUGAUGGAGGAGACGGUUCCCUCCUGCAGACUCUCGGUCACUCCCUGCACAGCCGGGAGCGUCUGAUCCAGGAGUGCUUGACUCUGGUUCGACGGCUGAGCGAGGGGGAGGGCGCCAGCUCUGAGCUGACCGACUGUCUGAAGCAAGUUUUUGCUGAAAACAAGGCUGCUCUGGAGGCUCUGAGAUCUGAGAGGAGUGAGGCGGAAAAGAGGCUUGAAAAAGAGGCGGAGGCCCUGAGGAAGGCUGGACGAGACCGGGAGCGAGACCUGGACACGCUGAACACCGUGCUGCAGUGCAACCAGGACAUCAUAGGGGACCUGCGAGUGGCUCUGGAGGAGAAGGAGCGUCAGCUGAAGGAUGUGGAGAAGGAGCGAGAGUUAUGGAGGCAGAGAGACAGCGCCCUCUCUGCUGUUCUGCAGGAGAAGGAGGACCUGAUUCUGAGUUUCAGGCAGCAGCUGGAGUCUUCAGGCCCUGAGACCGAGCUGGCAGCGUUGUUGAAGGACAAAGCAGACAAGAGUGCCACCUUGUGUCUGGAGGUCAGCAACCUCACAGCAAGCUUGCAACAAUACCAGGACAUGGUGAAGUCUCAGCAGGAGACUCACGGUCAGACAGUGUCAGCUCUGUCGGCUCAGCUCAAAGAAGCUCAGCAGGAGCUGAGGAACGGGCUGAAGGAGAAGAAGGAGGCCGAACGAUCGUGGCGGAAUGAGCAGGAGGACCGAGAGCGGGAGGCCAGGAAACUGCGGGACAGCCUGGAGAAGAGGGACAAACUCAUUGAGCAAAUCCUGCUGGAUUCUGAGGAGCGGGACCGCCUGCUCACAGAGCUGCAGCAGAACCUGCAGAACAAACGUGAACCCAAGACGGGCGUCAAGCACACACUGUGAGGAGGGGGACUAGUGCAUGCACAGAGACUGGAUACUCUGCACUUUCUGCACCACUGUUUUCCCUUCUGCAUAUAUUUAUGUUACCAACUAGGUUUAUUUAUAUUUGUCCUCCAGUUAAUGAGGGAUUUGCACACCUGCUGUGUUCUGGAGGAGCGGAGGGAAUGCAGUUUUCCUGUCAUCUUUGUCAUAAUUACUACUGAGCUCUCUGAAAUGAAUCGGGAAGUUCAAAAAAAGAGAGUCAACUCUUAUGAUUAAAGCUUGCAGAGCUCCAUGUUUGGUACUUGAUCACAAAGUUACUGUACUGAGUGAAUUUAAACAUUGCUGCUUUAUUUUGUUCAUUUGGAGUGUUCUAACAGAUGGAAACACUCACAAACCUUUAUGCAGGUCUGCUGGGAUGUUGCUUUAAAACUAAACUUCACUAAAGGGAAACUAGACUUAUUGCAGGUGGUUUUGUUCCAUGUUGGCAAUGGGAAAUUUCUCAUCAGACCCUUAUUUUUAUGUGCUGGAAUUUUUUCCUUUUUAUGUAUUUUUAAUUUCACUGAGGAAUAAUUAUUUUCAGCUAUUUUUUUUGGUCUGGGAAUAGUGCUGAAGAUGAUGGUAUCUUUAUUUUUUAACUGAAGAGAAUUAAACUCUCUGACUCAAAUGGC